UUGGAUGGCUACGAUUGUUGACUGAGAAAUAACUAUUUCUUAGGCGACUGAGAAAUAGACACUCCCCUAUGCAAGCGGUCGAAAUCCCGGCAUGUGUUUUCUUUGCCUUCCAAUGCUUCCUUGUUUGAACUCGGAGUAACAUGCCCGUGGUUCCAAACAUGCCAUAAGCAGCAAAACUUCUCUUUAAGUUGCUUGCUACAAGCUCUCGAACCAGGCGUGCCUAGUAGAUGCUUUACCUGCUUUGCACUCCGGAAAGCAAGCAGUAUACGUGCACAAGAUUACCUUUUUACCAUGGCACUCUUUUACUCCAUCGAUCAUCGUUUUAGUAUGAAAGGUAUCAAUCACCCGCAUAAGGUGCAGGUGGUGUCAUUGCAAAGCCUGGGGAUCUUCUAGUAAUCCAGCUGUCGCAAAACGUACAGAUUUUCCUUAUUUUCUAUUUAUUGGAUGAAGUUAAUCACCUGUGUUUUCUGGUCCCUUCGCUAACAAAUUCUCGCUUAUGAGCAUCUGUGUUUGGAGGCUUUAUUAGGCUUGGAAGGGGAGGGGAGGAAUCCAUGGUUCCUUGUAGGCUGCUAAUGCAAAUGUAUGCAGGGAGUAGCAUUAGGCAUCUUCUCUUUACACCUUGCUGCUCCUCACAUUAUUCCUUCUCAGCUUGCACCUCAAGUUUCGCACAUCUUCAUCUGCACUUAAUUGUUUCACUGGCUAGCUUAUAUAUAAACCCGGCCGGCCCACACACAACCAGCUCGAUCCAUAGUUGCAGGAAUCUCAUUCUCUCUCGCCUGCGGAAGCAAAGCUAGCUCAUGAGAGCUCUCUGAAGUCUCAUCUGUCAGUGCGCCGGCAAGCAAUGGAGGGACCACGUCCCCGACCCAGAGCGAGAGCGGCAAUCGCGUCGGCGCCGGCGGUGAUCGUCUUCUUCCUGGCGCUGUGCUGUAGCGGCGGAGGAGCUCAGGCUCAGGCGGCGGGCGGUGGGCCGGACGCAAGCCAGCUCUGCAUCAGCGAGUGCGGGACGUGCCCGACCGUCUGCUCCUCGCCGCCGCCGCCGUCUCCUCCGGCGCCAUCGUCUUCCCCGCCUCCGGCGCCGCCGCUGCCGUCGUCUUCUCCGCCUCCGUCGCCGCCGACGCCGUCGUCGUCUCCCCCGUUGCCGCCGUCGUCGACGCUGCCGCCGAUCCUGCCGCUGUCCAUCGCGCCCCCGCCGCCCUACCUCACGCUGCUGCUCCCUCCGCCCCCUUCUUCCUCUUCUUCUUCCUCGACUCCGGCGGCAACGAGCAGCAACCCGUCCCCGCCAUCACCGAAGAGCAGCAAUGGCGGCAACGGCGGCGGGUCCUCCUCCUCGUCGUCGUCGUCUCCUUCGGCUCCGGCGUCCCACGUCUCGUCGCCGCCGACCCCGCCGUCGACAUCGACAUCGAACCCGUACUACUACUUCUACCUCUCCGGCGGCACCCGGGUCUCCGGGAGGAGCGUCUACUCCGCCGUGGGCGUCGCGCUGCUCCUGCCCGCCGUCGCCUUUUGGAGGUGAAUCCACGCCGCCGUGGCCAUUAAUUCCGGCGAUCUUCACCGUGGUGGUAGUGUGUUUAUACUGUCGGUCGGUUGGUUAAUUAAUUCUCCUCUUCGUCAGAUUCAGAAAGCUUGAUUAAGUUAGAUACCCGGCCGUUGAUGAUGUCUACGUGUUCCUGAAAAUGCAUCUGUAAUCGUUCGACAGUACGUUUGUUUGAUCAGUUAAUUGUUGAGCUUUUUUUUUAUAGAACACUCUUUUUAUUUUUGUAA